AUGUUAAAGGAAAACGGUCACCACGGCCAAGGGAUGGGCCCAGAGGCCCCUGGCCCGACGCUCUGGUUGCUGCACGACUCAACUAUUGGAACUGCCUUCCCCUCGUCUCAAAACCGGGCAUUUCUCCAAACUCUCAGCGGAGCUUUGAGAAAAUGCUUCAUUCUGUCUGGUCUGGCCAAAGCCUCCUGUCCACCUCCCACUGGGAGUGCCUCCAGGCUCGGGACGUUCGGAGAUGCACAGUAUGCCCACAGGAGUGUCCUUGAGCAGAGUCAGUCUCCUCACCCAGAGAGAAUGGAAAGCAGCGGAGGCCGAGCAAGGGAAACGCGGGCAGUGAGUGGAGAGGAUGAGGAGGAAGCUGCUCCGACUGCCAGGGAAGGUCCUGGCUGA